AUGGAUUCUCAAAGCACAAAUGCGCCCUCUGCGUCACCUACAAGCUCCUCGGCAGCGGAAUUCGAUCAGGCUGGUGAGACUGCUCAAGGUGCAGUGGACUUCCUCACCGAUUUCGACCUAGAUGAAAAUAGCAACGAUCCACCCCAGCUCAGAGUUCAGAACGAAGGCCAAGUGAAUCGCUCCUUGAUCGCCCGGGAUGCAAUCAGAGACAGCGGCUUCAGCGCAAUUCUGCAGCGAGUGCAAUAUGGGACUCACGAGGGGGCACCCGCGUGCUUGAUCGUCAUAGACUUAUCGUUUCGCUUCAUUGGCCGAACGCUGUCCAGAUACAGCCACGGCAAAGUCGAGGUGAAAUUUUCAAAGGCCGUUGAUCCGUCCAACCACCAGAUUGCCUCGCCAAGUCCCAGCGAAGACCCCAAGGUGGUCAACAUGGCCCCCAAGGAAGUAUACGGCAUUGUGAAAGUGGUGGAAGAGAGAAAAUACCGCGAAGUCUCCAUCCCAGUCAUGUUCGAAAGCCCCGUCGGUAUUUCUGCCGGGGUCGAAGCAAAGUUUGGUUCGGAAGACAACGAGCACCAGGAGCACCGAAUGGAGAUCCACGGUGACUUAUAUUGGGACGAUGAUCACAUGGACGCGGCUUGCGGGGCUACCUGGGACCUGCGCGAGAACGAAGCACAAAAGGACGGGAUCUUUCGCAGCUUCCGUGCCGCGAUGGUCGUCGAAAAUCCUCCCGAUGUCGCAAUGUGGAUGCAUGUUGUGGUGGUGCCAUCCGUGAAAUUUUCCAUCAAUCCAGCGCGCCUCUUUAGCAAGACCGAUUACCUGGGACGGCUUUUGCAGAAGAACGACGAUCCGGUUCUGCUGGAUGGAAAGACACCUCGCGGCGCACCGGUCGGCCAAGGUGUCGACUUCAGCUCUCCCCAAUUUCCGUGGGCAAGCGUCGUGUGGAUACCCUCAGAGUACAAGUCGCGAUUAUUGGCCCAAAUUGUGGAGGAUAAUCAGUCUACACCAGCUCCUCCGCCUUCAACUGCAGGGUCUUGA